CUGUUGUUGAUUUGCUAACAAACCACAGGUCCAUGAAAGUCUUCAAAUGCUUUUUGAGCCGGUUUUGGGGUUCAUCGCGUGUCUUGUAGGCUAUUUACAGUUGUCUACCGCAUGUUUCAGAUAUUUCGGUUCAAAAGUGUCAUGGACAGGUUAUAAAUUGGUUUGUAGACCGACCGGUCUCACGAAACAUAUCGGCAGACAGGAGCUUUUCGAUUAUGAUGAAAAACAGCAAGAGAAAAACCACAUGUGGAUUGUUCUGAUAGUUUUGGUGUUCUGGUUUUGACAGCUGUGCUACCCAAGCAAGUCACAACACAGAAGCGUUGCUUUGCAUGCAAGAAGUAUACCGACACUAGCGCUCUACCC